AUGGAUAUGGAAAUUAAAGAAUUUGAUAAAUUAUCAGGACUUAGGAUACAAUGCACAAAAGAUUUAAUAUUUAAAGGGAGUUUAAGUGCCAUAGUUGGAAUGAUACUUGGCAUAAUGUGUUCACUGAUUGUUAAUUGUACAUUAGUUGAAGUUUCUUUAUCUAAGUUUUUUUCUAUGUAUUUUGGUAUUUUAUUUAUUGUGGUUGGAAUAAUAAUUUUCUGGAGAUUAAAUGCAAAUGUUGUUGAUGAAGCAGAAAGUAGAAGAAAUCAAUUGAUGAUAUUAUCAGCAUUAAUAAUAUUAUCAGGAAUCUUAUGUUUUUUUUUUGAUCGUUCUUGGCUUUUUUCUUUAUCAGCUUUAUCAAAAGUACCAAUAUAUUGUAUUUUAGGAAUUAGUAUAUCUUUUGCUUUAACUUUUAGUUUAAUUGAUUUAAUAAAUUACUUAAUUGGUUUUAUUCAAGGAUCAAUAACAAGACCCUUAAUAGAAUCAAAAGCACAAGUAUAUUUAAUAUUAUUAUUUACUAUAACAAUGGGAGGAAUAUUUGGUUUCAUUUUUGGUUUAUUAGACGUGGAAGAUGAAUCAACACAUCAUAUUCGCUUAGCAUUGAUGAAAGCAGAAAACUGCUGUUUUCCUAUAGGAACUGUUUUAGGAGGAAUAGCCGGAUUUGGAAAUGAAGUUUUUAGGCAACAAAACGAAGCCUAUAAAAUGGAAAAUGUUACUGAAUUUGAUGAUGAAGUUUAA